UCAGUCUGUUCUCGCACAAUCAAUCGGUAUGUGGGCAUCUCUUUUGGGGUUCGUGCUUCUCAGUGCGUACGCUACGGCUGUACCAUCGUGGUGGGAUAAGCUCAGGGCACCCCAUGAGAUCCCCGAGUGGCAGGAGCAGCAUCCAGCCUUGAUGGCUCUCCUCAACAACGACGACGACGCCAUCGGUGCGACGGUUGAUUUUGAAUCGCGCAUCGUUAAUGGGAACAAAGCAACACCGCAUCAGUUUCCCUACCAAGCUGCUCUUGUGGUGCGUCUUGAGAGUGAAAAUACAAUCUGUGGUGGCUCACUAUUGAGUACAAAAUACGUCCUAACAGCUGCCCAUUGCACUGAUCUCAGUCUCUACGUGACUGUCUACCUUGGUGUUCACAAUUUAUCCGACUACACAGAACAUACGCGUGUCGUUCAAACGGUCUUCCGUAGUGAUAUCAUCGUGCACGAGCAGUACAACACAUCUGGCUAUCAGAAUGAUGUGUCCGUAAUUAAGCUUCCUGUUCCCGUGGCAUUCAGCUAUGCCAUCCAACCCGUGCGAUUGCCUAGUUUUGAUCACAAAGACAAUACCUUCCUGAGCGUUGAGGCCAUUGUAUCAGGUUGGGGAAGAACUACGGAUGCCUCACCCGAUGGAACUGAUACCCUGCACUAUGCUACGUUGUCUGUUAUCUCAAAUGCAGCCUGUAGGACACUCUAUCCCACCCUACAGGACACCAAUAUUUGCACAAGAGGAGCCAAUAGAUCAGGAACAUGUCAAGGUGACUCAGGUGGUCCAAUGGUAAUACGAGAAGAUGAUGGUGUUCUCACACAAAUCGGCAUUGUAUCAUUUGGAAGUGGACUUGGGUGUGAGUACAACUGGCCAAAUGUCUUUGCGCGCCUUACAUCCUUCCUCUGCUGGCUUGGCUGUCACACAGAUGUCCAAAUAAGGAAUCACCCUUGACGGAAGUUUCUCUGCCCGCGGAACAAUAGCAAGAGGCUUUUAAUCCACAAUUUGGCAAUAAAAUAAGAGUUUAUUCCCUGAAAAUAAGCUGGAUGUUAUUGAUAGCAUAUAGCUAUCUUAUCAAAUCAUGUGAACGCACCGUGAUGAAUGCCAAUAAGCUCUGAGAUGACAAAAUCAAUGGAAUCUCAUCAACUGCUGCAACAGAAGAAAUAGGACUAACAAGUUCAACCCGUUGAACUUAUUGAAGAUUUUUUUUGUUAAAGAUUUUAGUGAUUUAAGAAGGAAAUAAUAGAAAUAUAAAUUGAUUUUUUUCUUGUUGAUAGGAGGUUGCUCUGAUAAGCCCUGGCUAUCAAUGAUGAACUAAUCAGUCGUAGCCUUCUGUAAACAUGGCGUAGAGAUAAAAAAAAUGAGAAAUUCACUUGAAAAAUGUAAAACAAUUUCUAUAAAAGUUAGUCUAGUUUACUUAAGAACAAUUCCAAGUAUUGUGAUCAGUUAAUAUUAUUUAAACUUCUUACGCUUUUAAAGUAAAGUAUAAACUGCUAAAAGCUUCUUUACGCCUGAGUGAGUAGCAGUUCAAAAACAAUGUACAACAAAUUUUAAAUAAAAAAAUAUAAAUACAAACAAA